AUGCCUCCCCAGAUUAAGCAUGAUCUGAACCGCUCCGGAUGGGAGUCGACUGACUUUCCGUCCGUAUGCGAAAACUGUCUUCCUGAGAACCCAUACGUGCAGAUGAUCAAGGAAGAUCAUGGCGCAGAAUGUAAGAUUUGCACGCGCCCCUUCACUAUCUUCCGCUGGAAGGCUGAUCGAACAUCCCGCCAAAAGCGAUCCAUCAUAUGUUUGACUUGCGCCCGCCUGAAGAACUGCUGUCAAUGCUGCAUGCUCGAUCUGUCCUUCGGUCUCCCCAUCGUCGUCCGUGAUGCCGCUUUGAAGAUGGUCGCUCCAGGACCGGAAAGCUCUAUCAACCGCGAAUAUUACGCGCAGAACAACGAAAAGGAGAUCGAAGAGGGUCGCGGUGCGAUUGAGGAAUACGAAAAGACAGACGACAAAGCUCGUGAGCUGCUGCGACGCCUUGCAAACAGUGAACCAUACUACCGCAAGCCUCGCCGGAUCGAGGCCGCCGCUGAAGGAGAGGAAGGAGCCAAAGCCACCCCAGGAGACCAACCACGAACAACCAGCCGCUAUGGAAAUGCACCAGGACCAGUCCGCACAAGUGAAAGCCGUGUUGGAAACAACAUGCCUGGACGUGGCGGACGCGGUGGUGGUCGCGGUGGACGUCCCUUCCCCAGCACUGCACAGCUGCCACCUUCGCCUGCGGAUAUCCUCCCUCCCUCAGACCCCAACGUCACCUCGCUGUUUGUUACCGGUGUAGAAGACGACCUACCCGAACAUACCCUCCGUUCAUUCUUCAGUGAAUUUGGCCAGCUACGCUCGCUGGUUUGCUCCCACCGCUCUCACUGCGCAUUCAUCAACUUCGUCAACCGUGCCGAUGCCGAGAAAGCCGCGCACCACUGCCAAGGCAAGGCUAUCAUCCAAGGUUGUCCGCUGCGCGUUCGCUGGGGUAAGCCCAAGUCACUGGAUAAUCUCGACCGCGAAGAGAGAAUCAAAAACGCCCGUGAAGGUCGCCAGGCUGUUGGACCAGUAGGCAAGGGCAAGCAGGCCGACCGCGCCGCCAUCAUUUCCGGAGAAGACGCUGGGCAGCCUAAGCCCCAGACUCACGUUGUUGCUCCCCCGCCUGGUUCGGGUGAGGUGCAAUACGCCAGUAUGAACGGUGAUUGA